AUGGCCCGCAAACAUAGAGAGGUUAAAAGAUGGGUUCAAGAGGAGAAAUACUAUUUUGGUUGUCUUUUGGAGACACGGGUUCAGGAGGACAAGUAUGGAGUUUGCGUGUCAGCAGCGUUACCAAGUUGGGCUUCCAUUGUAAACUAUGAGUAUCAUGCUCUGGGGAGAAUCUGGUUUUGUUGGUCAGAAAAGGUAACAGUCACUAAACAACAUAUGAGUGAUCAAGUCAUUACGUGUGCAGUUCAAGUGUUAGAGACGGGGGAGCAGUUUGUAUGCUCAGCAGUUUAUGCGUCCAACUGUGAGAUGGAGAGAAGAAGGUUAUGGGAGGAACUGAGGGGUACUAAGGCAGCUUAUGAUCAUCUUGACCUGCCAUGGAUAGUGAUUGGUGAUUUUAACGUAGCCUUGUCCUCUUCAGAACACUCGCUAGGUGUCACUAGAUCUAUGCAGUUAGGUAUGCAGAACUUUCAAGAUCUUGUUGGUGAUUGCAACUUGACUGAUAUGGCAUAUACGGGAGAAAUUUUUACUUGGUGGAACAAACGCGAUGAGGAUCCUAUUGGGAAGAAGCUAGAUCGUGCAUUGAUCAAUGCAGCUUGGUAUAGACAAUUUCCGCAAUCCACGGCGAGAUUUGAAGCUGGAGGGAUCUCAGAUCACGCUCGGUGUGUGGUUACUUUAGUGGGAGCAGAGAAUGAGACGCGGAAGCCAUUCCGGUUCUUUAACUAUCUCACUGAGCAUAGUGAGUUCUUACCGGCAGUUAAAAGAGUCUGGGAAUCCUCUCAGCCCAUUUUCCAUUCGCGCCUAGCUCUGUCUAGAUUCCAUGCGAAAUUGAAGCUGCUUAAAUAUGAUAUGAGAAUGAUAAACAAAACACACUACGGGGACUUACCAGGCCGAACAAAGCAAGCUUUCGACGAGAUGUGCUGUUGCCAAAAUCAGGUGCUGCUUGACCCGAAUCCUACAACCUUUGUAGCAGCAGCUGUAGCUUCUGAUAGAUGGAACAAACUUGCUCGUAUAGAGGAGAAGUUCUUUCGACAGAAGUCUUGUAUCAGAUGGUUGGGUGCAGGUGAUCAGAACACAGUUGUCUUCCAUAGAGCUGUGCAGACAAGAACGGUCUGCAUCUCUACGGCUGCGUUCUCGGUGAAUGUCAAUGGGAGUCUAGAGGGUUUUUUCACAAGUGCUAGAGGGAUUCGCCAGGGCUGUUCCCUCUCGCCCUACUUGUACGUUAUAUUGAACAACGUUUUAUCUAAGAUGUUAAACAAGGCUGCUGAAGCACAGAAGUUCGAGUAUCAUCCGCAAUGUCGAGAAGUAAAGCUCACGCAUCUUAGCUUCGCGGAUGAUAUCUUAGUAUUCACUGAUGGAUCAACAGACUCCCUUCAAGGCGUUUUGGAGGUUAUGGAACAGUUUGCGAGUGUUUCGGGACUCUACAUUAACGCUUCUAAGUCAUCUAUAUUUGCGUCCGGACAAGAUGUUACCCCUCUGCUCACUGAAGCUGCGGACAUUGGGAUCAAGGUUGGGACUCUACCAGUGCGUUACUUAGGUAUGCCCUUAACUACAAAGGCUCUGACACGACAGGACUAUGAGCCGUUGCUUGAUAAGGUGCGGGGAAGAAUGCUUUCUUGGAGCAACAAAUGUCUGUCGUAUGCUGGGCGUCUGCAAUUGAUUAAAUCCAUCACCUCGAGCAUCGUAAACUUUUGGAGUCAAGCAUUUAUCCUUCCCAAGGCGUGUUUGAAUGAGAUAGAGAGUAUGUGUAGUGCAUUCUUGUGGUCUGGCUCUCCAAAUCUGACUCACAAAGCUAAGGUGGCAUGGGAUGACCUAUGUUGUCCUAUAGCCAAAGGAGGACUGGGGUUACGGAAGCUACAUGAUUCAUCUCGAGUGUUUGCUUUGGGUCUCAUUUGGAGGAUAUUUUCAAACGGGGAUUCUCUCUGGGUGUCUUGGAUACAGCAUUAUCUGCUGCGCCAAAACUCUUUUUGGGAUAUAAAGGGGAAUGAGAAAGGAUCAUGGAUGUGGAGAAAGCUAUUGAAGCUUCGUUCAGUGGCUUACCAAUUCCUCAGGUAUGAGAUACAUGAUGGCAAGACUGCUUUUUCUGGUUUGAUGAUUGGUUGA